GGUCCUUCGCAUCACAACCAUCACAACCAUCACCACCGCAAAGCAACGCUAGUACCGCGCCGACAAGCCCCCUUUUCUUUUCUGUAAAAACUCACGAGACACAUUUUGACCGCCUUCGAGAAUAUCCGUGAUCACGGCCGCUUGCGAAAUCAGAGAACCCUCUGGCGGGUCCCGCUCUGGAGUGCAGCUAUUUGCCCUCUGCCCACGGCCCCCGCUUGCCGAUUCUCCGUUUUGCUCCCACCCAUUGCGGGCAGUGGUCAGGAGCAGCAGUAGCAUCAACUACAGCAGCAUAACAUGACCGUUUCACCUCACUUGAUUUCUGUCCGGCCAGCCUACCACACUUGAGUCCUGCGGAUACCGCCCGAGGUAUUGCUCGCGAUCAUGGACUCGGCUGCCGCCGCCGCCACCGCCGGGCCUGCUAGCCGGCCUCACGACGACCAGCUGCUCGAGUCGCCCGCCCGCAUCCUCGAACGACUGCACCAGAUCGCCGGCUACACCUGGGACGACUCACGGCGCCCCUACCACUCGACCUACGACAACUGGCACGUCUUCGGAACGAGGUUUGUCUCGCCCCAUUCGACCCGUCCACCCGCCGCAAGUGCGGGCAUCGCUUCGCCCACUCCCCAUCACCGUGGGAGCCCCCCUCCGGCCAGCUGCGCAUCCUCUGCAGAUCACUGCUCGAAUGUAUCAUCAGGAUCAGAGCCGCUCUCCGACCGCUCGGCCGGUUCCCUUCCGCCGACCACCUCCACCGCCAUGACGGGUACUACGUUCAUCGAACAGCGCGUGGUCGCCAAGGUAUCGUAUCACGUUUUGCGCGAGGAGAGGGCCUUCUACAUAUCAAAAAGCUUGGUCUCUAGUGUCGACCCCAAAGGAGAGCGUAUCGUCAAGCCGCUGGAUGUCGUGCGGUUGCCGCCAGCGCCCGGCGACCGAGGCCCCCUGAUUGUGGCCAUCUACAAGGACCCGGGCCCGAAUAGUCUGUUUAGGCUCCUCGACUUUGGGCCCGCAUUUUACUUUGCAAAAAAGGAACACGACCGGUGGGAGGCCUGCCACAAUGACCACCCAACCUUGGAACCGCCGAUCAGCCUGCAAAAUUUCCUCGACUUCGCCAUUGGCGCAGCCCAGUGCUUGGAGAUCGUCCAUCACGGACAGGGCAUUGUGCACGGUGAAAUCCGAGGCGACGCCUUCCAUUACAACAUUGAGACGAACCAAGUCAAGCUGGUUUCGUUCGGAUCGGGACUCCGAUCUUUUGAACACGGGCUGACGAGUACCGGCUGGUCAGCUCUCUCCAAAGCACUGGGUGCCAAACACAAGCUGCAGUUCAUCAGCCCCGAGCAGACGGGACGAAUGCCUGCCGAGCCAGACACCCGCACCGAUAUCUACUCGCUUGGCAUCCUGUUCUGGAUCCUUUUGACGCAACAACCCGUGUUCCCGGGAGAAACGCCGCUGGACGUCGUUCAGGCUGUGCUUGGCCGGAGGAUAUCCAACGUUACCGCGAUACGCAUGGAUGUUCCCGAGGUCAUUGGAAGGAUCAUUCAAAAAUGCACAGCAAAAAAUGUCAACGAUAGGUAUUAUUCGGCCGGUGGUUUGCGCUACGAUUUGGUUGCCGUCCAAAAAAUGCUUGGCGCCGGCGAUUCGGCAGCCCUGCGAGACUGGCCGAUAGGUACCAGAGACGUCUCGUCCUCAUUCAGGUUGACAACGGAGUUGGUAGGCCGAGACGCAGAGCGGAAUGAGCUCAUCAAGCUCAUCGAAAAGGCCGCAAGAAGUCAUUGUGUGACUCAAACCAGCGCCAUGCACCGGCAUUCCGAUGGAUCCAGCUUCGGUACUGACGCCAACGAUGUCGGAGACACCUCUAGCGACGGCGGGUAUUCGGCGGGCGGUGUGAACCGUCAGAACGGCUCAGUCCCAAAAGCAGAUUCCCGAGAGAAGACGGAACUGCAACCCUCACCCCCAGCCACCGGAGCUGACUCGGCGAGAACUUCUGUCUCAACCAGUUCUUCCGGUGUCUCGGCUUUGUCGGGCGGCCCUCGCCCCCUCCGUCCAUGGGACAUGAACGCGAUUUUUGAUGGCGGCCACACCCCCGAUCAAACGUCUGAGCCUUCACGACAUGGCCCCACUGUGACAACAGAUUCAACGUCUGCCAGCUUGUCUCGGCAGCUCGGCACAGCCAAGUUUAGGAGACAGGGUUAUUGCGAUAUCGUCUUGGUCGAGGGAGCCGGCGGCCUCGGCAAGAGCUGCCUGGUCCAGUCCGUUCUCGGAGAUGCCCGCCGAAGGGGCUAUUGUGCGACUGCCAAGUUUGACCGGGCAAGGAGAACACCAUUCGGGCCGCUAUUAAAGCUUCUCUCCUCCCUCUUCCGCCAAGCGCAGGGUGAGAGGAACACGGAAACGCCGUUUCACCAAUCCCUCAGACAUUACGUCCGACCGAUGUGGCCGAUGCUGCACAAGGCUCUAGGCCUCCCAGACUUUCUCCUCCCGCCGCCGGCAGAAGCACAGCCCGUACGCUCCUCUUCCGGUUCCCAGGCGCCUAGCCCUGAACUCAAGAGACAUGGCUCCUCCCCGGAGUUGUCGCCUAGCCGCUCCGCCCUGCGGGCGGCGUCAUCCGGCAAGUCGUCGUCGCGGAAUUCGCGGGACUUCCUCCGUGCCGGUGCUUCCACAAAGACUAACCGGCUGAUGAACACCUUCCUCGACGUACUGAGGGUCUUCACUCAGCACAAGUUCAUAUGCUUUUGCCUGGAUGAUCUGCAAUAUGCCGACGAUGAAUCCCUGGAGCUCAUCGCCCAGAUCGUCGGCACCAGGCUAAAGCUGAUGCUCAUCAUCACAUACCGCCCAGAAGAGAUGUCCUUCGAGACUGUGCGCGACAUCUUGAGCCCGGCCAAAUCUGACGACUCUUCUAGAACCGGUGGUCCCAUCAUGACCAGGAUUACGCUGAUGCCGCUUGGGGAGGAAGACAUUGUCCGCUAUGUCUCGGCUACCCUAUCACUGCCCAAGGAGAAGGUGCUGCCGCUGGCCCUGGUCAUCCAGUCCAAGACGGCUGGGAAUCCUUUUUAUAUGCGAGAAAUGCUCAGCGCAGGUCACCGAAAGAAGUGCAUAUGGUACGACUACAUCGCCGGCCAUUGGACGUACGAUCUGGACAAGCUUUUUGAUCAGUUCAAGGGAGAGGAGGAUUACGAUGUGCUUGACACAGGCUUCAUCACACGCCGCCUGAGCGAGCUGCCGGCGGCUUCCAGGUCCAUCCUUGCGUGGGCGGCCCUCCUGGGGCACACAUUUUCGUUCGAGUUGAUCUGCAAGCUGAUGGACGCGCAACGGUUUGCCGACGAUUGCCCGGAAUUUCCGGGCGAGCCGUUGAUCACCUCAUCCUCGCAGGAGGAUGUCGUGUCCGGUCUCGAGGCCGCCAUCCAAGCCUUCAUCAUCGUCCCUAGCGACCGGGACGACCACUUCCGCUUCGCCCACGACCGCUACAUCCAAGCCGCCUCGGCACUGAGAGAGUGCAAUGCCCGGCAGAUGCAUUUUGUCAUAGCCCAGGUUCUCCUCAAGCACUACUCGGAUAAUCCGGCGCUGAAAGACAAUGCUGCUUCCCACAUCUGCGAAUCUGUCGACAUAAUCAGAAAGCGAGUCCGCGUUCGACGGUCCUUCCGCAAGGUGCUCUUUGAGCGCGCCCAAGAGGCCACCGAAAGCGGCGCACGUCCCACCGCGUCCAAGUACUACAGUAACGCUGUGGCACUACUACAGCCGAAUCCCUGGGACGAGAAUGCUGAAGAUGUGUCGUAUGAUGAGACCCUCCAGCUGUAUCUUCAAGCAGCCGAGUGCUACUUGUUUAUGGGUCAUCACAACGCCGCAAAUCUGGUCCUGCAGACGAUCUUUGACCACGCGAAGACAACUCUCGACAAGGCGCCCGCGUGGGUGCUACAGUCGAGGAUCUUCGCGCACAGCGGCGACUCACAGCAGGCCCUGGACUCGCUAGAACAGUGUUUGAGAGCCCUCGACGUGGUUCUAGACGACAGCCCGACAAUGGAGAAGUGCGAUGAGCACUUUGCUCACUUGACCAAGAGGAUUGAGACAAUGGCGCGCGAGCAUGUGCUGGAACCCCCCUCGGCGACGGAUCCGAUGCUGUCAUCGGUCGGGGCGGUGCUGGCCGAGACAGCAAGCGCCGGAUGGUGGGCCGACUGCGCAAUCUUCUAUCAGCUGACCCUCCUCAUGGUGGAGACACACUUCACCCGAGGCGCGUACCCGCAGUCGGGCAUGGCCUUCCUGUACAUGUCCAUCAUCGCCCUGUCGCGGUUCAAUAACGGCAAGCUCGCGACCCAGUUGGCGAGCGUCUGCCUCGAGCUGUUGGAUAAGUGCCGCGAUACCUUCUACGUCGCUCGAGCUUACAUGAUCUAUGCCAACUUCAUCGGUCACGUUCAAGAUCCCAUAAGCGUUUCGGUGGGCCAGCUCGAGGGAAUGGUGGAUUACGCUGCCGCCGCAGGAGACAGGAUAUCGACCAUCCUCAGCUUUGGGCUCGCGGCGCAGCUCAAGUUCUUUGCCAGCGACAAUUGCGCCGAUCUGGAGGCCUUUUGCCAGUAUGGCUGUGAAGAGAUACCGAGCUGGCAUCUCGACACGCGAGGUGGCACGAUCCUCAUUGCUCUCAGACAAGUUUGCCGCGCACUCCAAGGCAAGACGCGCGUAUCGGAUGCCAUGGGGGUCAUGAGCGACGAACACCAUGACACUGUCACCUACAAGAAUUGGCUCACGACCAACACCAACAACGGCGGCCGGUCGCUGCUGAUCUACGAGACGAUGGAGAUCGUGCCCUUGUUCCUGUACGGGCACUACGAGCGGGCAAUUGAGAUCGGCAAGGUUUGUUGGGAACGCGCCGAUCUCCUGUGGUCAGCGCGCAACACGAGGCUAGCCAUGUUCUUCUACGGCUUGGCUUUAACUGGUGCUGUCCUGCGCCGCCAAGGGGACCCUCGCUCACCGGAUAUGCUCAAGAGCCAUGUGGAGGAAGCGGUUCGGGAGGUUGAGGCGGUCAACAGGAAGAUUAAGGACUGGCAGGUUGUCGGUAGCGUCAAUUACUUUGCGUGGUCGAAGCUGCUCGAUGCUUCAAUCUCGGAGAUGCUCGGCAAUCAUGGCACGGCCAUCCAGCAGUACGAGGAGGCUCUGGACCAUGCCUCGGAACACAGCUUUACCUUUGAGGAGGCGCUCGGAAACUACCUGAUGGCCAAUAUCUUCAUCAGGAACGCGGCGAGACGGUCUGCGCGUUCCGCCCUGCGCGAUGCCAUCGCCCUGUAUCGCCAGUUCGGCGCGACGGGCGUUGCGGACCGGAUUGAGAGCGACCACAGCAUCUUGCUCCAGCGGGCCAUGCGGAAUCCUCGCACUCUUGACCAGGGAGUCCAGACCGACUUCGCCGGCGAUGCCGCGGCCGCUCAGUAUCGAACUGGUGAGAGCGACGGCCCUGACGAAUCCCAGCAAGCUUCCCAGGCCGCCGUGGCUGCCCUGAGGGGAGAGCGCAUGACGGCUUGGCGGGGCUCGAUGCAACCAGAAGCCGGGGUCGGGUUGCCUGCGCUCGAUAUGAUCGACUUGCAUGCAAUCCUGGUGUCGUCACAGGUCAUUUCUUCGGUGCUGAGAAUUGACGAGCUCUUGAAGACAAUGUGCGACGUGAUCCUCCAGACCUGUAGCGGUUCGGCCACGCUAGCUGCCAUCGUCGUUCAGGACGAAGGUAGUUCAGACUGGUGCGUUGCUGCUAGCGGUGAUCCCGAGAAGGGUGCUGAAGCACAUAUGCCGGGCAUCCCGCUGAGCGUGACGGAUCUUGUGGCGGAGAACGUUGUGCUCUACUGCACCCGCUUCCGCGAGGUCAUCUUCCUCCAGGACCUACUCAGCGAUGAACGGUUCGGCAAUGUCAGCGAGAUUUGGCUGCGGAGAAACCCAGGCAGCAAGGCCAUUAUUGCCAUCCCUAUCUGCCACGGAAUGAAGCCGCUGUUGGGCGUCCUCUACCUCGAAGGCGCGCCCGGGUCCUUCACGGAUCGCAACGUCAGCGUCCUGCAGCUUUUGGUCAACCAGAUUGGCAUCAGCUUCUCCAACGCGCUCGCCAUGAAGGCGGUUGAGAAGGUGUCGGCUGAGAACAUUUCAAUGGUGGAGCUCCAGAAACGAGCGCUGGCCAAGGCGAUAGAGGCCGAGACCAAGGCAAAGAACGCCGAGGCGGAGGCGAUUCGCAACGUCAAGCUUGCCGAGGACGCGACCAAGGCCAAGUCGAUAUUCCUCGCUAAUGUGUCGCACGAGCUGCGGACACCGCUGAAUGGCGUGAUUGGCAAUUCCGAGCUGCUGCGAGACAGCAACCUCAACAAGGAGCAGCUCGAGAUGGCCGACUCGAUCCGAGUUUCCGCGGACUUGCUUCUGGCCGUCAUCAACGACAUUCUGGACUUUUCCCGGAUGGAGGCUGACAAGAUGAAGCUCUACAUCAUUGCCUUCAACCCCCAGGAGAUGGUGCGCGAGGUUGUCAGGGCUGUCUCAUAUAGCAACAGGGAGAAGGCGUCCAAGAAGAACGUCAAGAUCAUCCAGGACAUCAAGUUGCCUCCCAUGCUCAUCUACGGCGAUCCCAUUCGUCUGCACCAGGUCCUUGGCAAUCUUAUCGGGAACAGCCUUAAGUUCACUGAGGACGGGUCAAUUACCAUUGGCGCCCAGAUCGACUCCGAGACCGAAGACAAUGCGACGCUGACGUUCUGGGUCAAGGAUACGGGAAUCGGCAUCUCGCCGCAGCAGCUCGAGAACCUCUUUCAGCCGUUCAGCCAAGCGGACGCGAGCACAGCGCGGAAAUACGGCGGCAGUGGGCUGGGGUUGAGCAUCUGCAAGUCCCUGAUCGAGACCAUGAUGAAGGGCAAGAUCCGCCUCGAAAGCAAAGAGGGCGUCGGCACAACCGCCUGGUUCACCGUCACGUUCGAGAAGGCCAGGCCUGAAGUAGUCGCCGGUGACGAGCAGAUCGUGCCGCGCGGAGUCCUCCCAGAACCUGGCCGCUCCUACCCCGGCAGGCAACCCCUCCCAACCGUUGAGGAGCUCCCCUCCCCCUCUCACGCCCCGACCGCGGCCCCUCAUGCGCCCGCUUCGACGACCCCGGACCUCUCCAAGAUCCCCAAAGACCAACUCCGGAUCUGCAUCGCCGAGGACAACACGAUCAACGCGCGGAUCGCGGUGCAAUACAUGCACCGGCUGGGGUAUCCGAACGUGGACACGUAUGACAACGGGCUGAAGGCGGUUGAGGGCCUGCGCGAGAAGGCGAGGCGGGGCACGCCGUACCACAUCAUCCUCAUGGACGUGCAGAUGCCGGUGCUGGACGGGUACGAGGCGACCAAGCUGUUGCGGCACGACGAGCUCGAGUCGGUCAGGAAGGUGCUGGUGAUUGCCAUGACGGCGUCGGCAAUCCAGGGGGACAGGGAAAAGUGUCUAGCGGCGGGCAUGGAUGAUUACCUGGCCAAGCCCGUGCGGAGCGAGGUGUUGAAGAAGAAGUUGGAUGCGUAUUUGUCUGGCGCGGCCGGUGCCCAAUCGGCUGUCAUAGGAAGUGGGAGUGGUGGUGACAGUGGAGUGAAUGGUUUCUCGGCUCAGGGGGAGCAGGGCCAGGCUCAAGAAGCUCUCGCUGAGGCACCUGCUCUGGCUGAGGCUUCGGCUGAGGGCCAGGGUCAGGAGGACCUGCCAUUGGCGGCGCCCCAACCGGCGGGCGGGACGCCUGCGGCAGCGGGGCCGCGUACUGAGCAGAGAGAGGAGCCCCGGGUUGAGCAGCCGGAGCAUACGGGUUCGACGGAGGCCGUGCGAGGGGCGUUGAGGUAG